UAUCUCACCUCAUUCUCAUUCUCUUUUCUUCUCAUCAUUCUUCACAUUUCAUUCCAUUUCUCAACCUCUUUAAUCAUAACACAAAAACAAAAUGCAUAACAUUAGUCUAAACAUGCCACCAAUGUCUCAAACAUUCGACCCCGAAGACAUUUUCAAAAACCGUUGCAUUUUGGUGGAUGGACCUGUAAUAGUUGGAGCUGGUCCAUCAGGCUUAGCAGUUGCAGCUUGUUUAAAAGACCAAAAUGUCCCUUUCGUCGUAGUCGAAAGAGCUAACUGCAUUGCAUCGCUUUGGCAGAAUCGAACUUAUGAUCGUCUUAAACUUCAUCUUCCUAAACAAUUCUGUCAACUACCCAAUUUUCCAUUCCCUGAUUAUUUCCCAGAAUACCCUUCAAAAUUUCAGUUCAUAAACUACCUUGAAUCAUAUGCUAAAAACUUUAACAUUACUCCAAAUUUCAAUGAAACAGUUCAAUCUGCUAAGUAUGAUGAAACUUUUGGUCUUUGGAGGAUUAAGACUAUUAGAAAUAAAAAUGAUAAAGUUGUUGAAGUUGAGUAUAUUUGUAGGUGGAUUGUGGUUGCUACCGGCGAAAAUUCAGAGAAAGUUGUUCCUGAAUUUGAAGGUUUGAAUGAUUUUGGUGGACAUGUUAUGCAUGCUUGUGAUUAUAAAUCCGGUGAAAGUUAUACCGGUAAGAAAGUUCUCGUUGUUGGCUGUGGAAAUUCCGGCAUGGAAGUUUCUCUUGAUCUUUGUAACCAUAAUGCAAAUCCAACAAUGGUUGUUCGAAGCUCGGUUCAUGUGCUACCAAGGGAAAUAUUUGGAAAAUCAACUUUUGAGCUAGCAGUUACAUUGAUGAAAAGGUUCCCAGUUUGGAUGGUUGAUAAGAUAUUACUUGUUCUGACACGUUUGAUUUUGGGGAAUAUGGAAAAGUAUGGUAUUAAAAGGCCAUCUAUUGGACCUUUAGAGCUUAAGAACACUUCAGGGAAAACACCAGUUUUAGAUAUUGGAGCACUUGAGAAAAUUAGAUCUGGAAAAAUCAAAGUUGUUCCUGGAAUUAAGAAAUUUUCAGCAGGGAAAGUUGAACUUGUUGAUGGAAAUGUUCUUGAUAUUGAUUCUGUUGUUCUUGCUACUGGCUAUAGAAGCAAUGUACCUUCAUGGCUUAAGGAGAAUGAAUUUUUUUCAGAUGAUGGGAUACCAAAAGAUCCAUUUCCAAAUGGAUGGAAAGGAAAAGUUGGUCUUUAUGCAGUUGGAUUUACAAGGAGAGGACUCUCUGGUGCAUCAUUAGAUGCAAUUAGUGUGUCUCAAGACAUUGCCAAAAGUUGGAAAGAAGAAACUAAACAAAGAAAGAAAACAGUGGCUUCACGCCAUAGAAGAUGCAUAUCACACUUCUGAAAAAAUUAGUGUCUGUAGUUGCGCAUAAAGCGCACAGAGGAUACCUGAUUUAUUUUGAAUUUAUUAAGCUUUCUUUUGGCAAAAGAAUAGCACACAAAAGUUAAUGUAUACAAAUUAUAGCACACAAAAAAUUAGCCCUCUCCUAAAAAAAUCCUAAUGUUUGAUAAUAAUUAUGAUAUUAUUUUUUUUUUGUACAAAGGAUGAUGAGGCUUAUUUAUUUGAUUAAUUAUUUAUAUGGUUUG